GGGUGUAAAUAGACAGUGAACGCUGUUGGUCUCUCUCUCUCCCUCUCUCUCUCCCUCUCCCUCCCCCUUCUCUUUCUCUCUGUCUCUCUUUUAUGAAAUCAAUGAACGAGUUAUUGGGUAGGACAUAAAUAUAAGGAAUCAAAGCCUCCACCGGGACCAACGGCAUUGCGCGCUUUUGAUAUGCGUCUUCGCCAAAUGCUACAUGUGUUUUCACAUCAGUGUAAAUAUUGGCUUUGAUAGGACGAGAGUGGAAUCAGCUCUGGCACGGCUUGGUCUCGGAACCAAAUUUUGACCAAGACUUCCGCCAGCUUUUUUUUUCUCAACGUAAAACGAUUCUCCACCAUCACCAUCUGCUGCUGUUUGCACCCAUCCCAACUCGCUGGCCGGUCCGAAGAUGGCAACUUUAACCAACGGGCAGGUGGACGGCACGGUGCACGGUGUCGGUGUGGUCUCCGCCAGCACGAACGGGCUCGUGAACGGAUUAAGCCACAGCCACAGCCCGGUGGGCUGCCCGGCCACCAUCCCCAUGAAGGACCACGAUGCCAUCAAACUCUUCAUCGGUCAGAUCCCCCGCAACCUGGACGAGAAGGACCUCCGGCCCCUCUUCGAGGAGUUCGGCAAGAUCUACGAGCUCACUGUGCUGAAGGACCGCUUCACGGGCAUGCACAAAGGCUGUGCCUUCCUCACCUACUGUGCCAGAGAGUCGGCCCUGAAAGCCCAGAAUGCAUUGCACGAGCAGAAGACCCUGCCAGGGAUGAACAGACCAAUCCAGGUGAAGCCAGCAGACAGCGAGAGUCGAGGAGAAGACAGAAAGCUCUUUGUGGGCAUGCUCAACAAGCAACAGUCAGAAGAUGACGUGCGGCGCCUUUUUGAGUCCUUCGGCAGCAUCGAGGAAUGCACCAUCCUCAGAGGUCCCGACGGAAACAGCAAAGGCUGUGCAUUUGUAAAAUACUCCUCUCAUGCUGAAGCUCAGGCAGCCAUCAGUGCACUUCACGGCAGCCAGACAAUGCCUGGUGCCUCAUCCAGUCUGGUGGUGAAGUUCGCCGACACGGAUAAGGAGCGCACCAUCCGCCGCAUGCAGCAGAUGGCUGGUCAGAUGGGCAUCUUCAACCCUAUGGCCCUGCAGUUUGGAGCCUACGGAGCCUACGCUCAGGUGCAGCAGCAGGCGGCAUUGAUGGCGUCUGUAGGCCAGGGAGGCUACCUCAGUCCAAUGGCGGCCUUUGCUGCUGCCCAAAUGCAGCACAUGGCCACCAUCAACGGCAUCCCAGGAGCACCGCUGACCCCAACGUCAGGUGGCAGUACUCCUCCAGGCAUCAGCGCCCCCACAGUGACCAGCAUCCCCUCCCCCAUUAGUGUAAAUGGUUUUACUGGCAUGCCGCCCCCCCAGGCAAAUGGGCAGCCUCCCGCUGAGGCUGUCUUCACCAACGGGAUACACCAUUAUCCUGUGUUGCAGGAGGUGGUUUUUAGGGAGGACUCGGAGAAAAACGGCUUGGGCGUGGCUCCGCGGAGUUGUUUUGGGGUUCAGGGUGGCUGCUUCCUCUCUUCUCUCUCUGAAGCUCAAAGUCCCACUGCAGCUGAUCCUCUCCAGCAGGCUUACACAGGAGUCCAGCAGUAUGCAGCAGCCUACCCCGCUGCAUACGGCCAGAUCAGCCAAGCCUUCCCCCACCCUCCACCCAUCAUUCCACAGCAGCAACGAGAAGGACCAGAGGGUUGCAACCUGUUCAUCUACCACCUCCCUCAGGAGUUUGGGGAUGGAGAGCUGAUGCAGAUGUUCCUGCCUUUCGGGUUUGUGAGCUUCGAUAACCCAGGUAGUGCCCAAGCUGCCAUCCAAUCAAUGAACGGCUUCCAGAUCGGCAUGAAAAGACUCAAGGUGCAGCUGAAGAGGCCAAAGGACGCCAACCGCCCCUACUAGCCCCCCGCCCCAGCCAGCCGCCGCCACCCUGGCGGCCGGGGCAGCCGUCGCACACAGGGAAAGACAGGUUUUGUUGAGCUGAAUCAUAUGUUGACUUCUUGCUACCCGCCACUGAGUGCAAUCUCAACAUCUGGACCACUGAGGCUGCUUCAGAAACAGAGGAGAGAGAGAGAGAGCAAUGACCGAGUCAAGGACACCUCCCUUUGGAUGUACUAAAACUUUGGAACUCAGAGAGAAUUUGUACCAGCCUGGUUAGCCCCAGGACCUUUUUUCUUCUGCACACAUAUACACACCUCUUUCCCCACAAAACCCUGCUUGAAUGACAGCUACCUUUUCUGGACCACAAAAACUUUUACUUGAACAAUGAGAAAAAAAAGUAAAAGAAACUCUAUCAAACCUACUUACAAUGACCAACCCCACUGAACUCUUAAAGGAAAUAUGGAUGUCAAAAGUCCAACAAGAACAAAACUUUUUAAAAACUGAAUAGAAGAUUGCCGUAGGAGAUCUUUCUGUAAGAUGGUUUGAGUUUGGGGCAAUUGACUUUUGAAGACCAAUUUAUAAGACUUGAAACAAGAAGGGACAAGAAAUUCUUGGAGAGAGAACUUAAGUAGGGAAUGUGAUAUUUUCAGGACACAAAUUGGCUUCGAUUUGGGAUGGCCAUCUUUAGCUCGGAGUGCCUGUCCGUUUCCAGGGGAUACCGUUGCCAAGGAGAGCCAUAGCAACGGUCUCCAGGGAGUCUUACCUGUCAUUCCUUAGUUGUUUUAGGGACCAAAAGACCAAACAUUUUUAUUGCUGAGGACUUGUAGCUCUAAUAUACUCGGACCACUGCAUCUCUUUCAGUCAGCGUUAACUGGUUGAGGAGUUGCACUUAAAAGAAGUGUACAUUUCGAAUAUAUACAACACAUGUAUAUAUACAUAUAUAUUGCUGAUAUGCUUUUUGAAUACAGGCAAAACUAUUUCAGAUGACCAAAUGGGGUCUCUCACUUCGCUAGUUUACAAUUACUCAAAAUGUUUAUUUUUUUCUCUUCUCAUUUUGUCUUGGGAGGGAUGGCGAGUGCAUGGGAGGGGCUGCUCCGUAUCACAGCCUUAUCUUUUUUAACUUGACAUCCUAACCUCAUAGAUAGAAUAACAUCAGAAAUGUUUGAAAUAUAUGAACUUGUUUAUAUUUGCAGUACAUAUAUAUGUAUAACAAGCAUUCAAGCAAAUGUAUUCAUAUAUACAGUAUAUAUGGAUAAAUAGAUAUUAAUCACAAACAAAUAUAUGUAUUUAUAUGCACAUAUUUUAUAUAUGUGUGUCUGUAUAUAGAACGGCUACUGACUAUGUUGAGCUGUAAUUUUUUGUAGAUUUUAGCUGGAGUUUGAAACAUUGCUCUGCUUGGGAAGAAUCGCAAAUCUGGCAGCUCCCAAAACUGCAGGCAUUCCUAUCUCUGAUUACCUAUAUGCUGACACACAAUAUAUUGCUAAAAGAAACAUGUGUGAGAAUACACAUAUGGUGUAAAUAUUAUCUGAAAAUGCAAAAAGCCACAUCUCAGUAGCAGGCUUUAAGAGAAUCAGGCUACAUGAUUUUAGAGGAAAAGGACAAUUAUCUUCGACUCUAUUCCAAACAUAUCUUUUGAGCUUACACACACACACACACACACGCACACACACACACACACACACACACACACACACACACACACAAACUUCUCUUUGAAACUUGAACCAAAAUGAAUACGUCUCACAACCCUUGCUCUCUUUUGCAUUCAGUAAAGUGCAUGUAGCGUAUGGGCUGUCACCAUGUCAAGGUGUGCCUUGUCACCUGCAGAAUCUGCCAUCAAGCACUGUGCUCUCAGAAAACAAAGACAAAAAAAACACACUACUGCAAGCAGCCAACGCGCUAUUAUGAUGUCAAAACUACAGCCAGAUCCAUAUCAUUUCUCAGCCGCGCAGAGAGCUUCAGUGCAUGUCCAAUAUAACAAACCAUCAGACCAAUGUUGGUCCAUCAAUGUCUUUGGAAGAAAAAAAAAACAUUUAGAACUAAUGUAGACUCAUGCGAUUACACUUCAAAUAAAAGCGGGCAUUAGGUAACCUGUUAGCACAGGUGCUAACUAUCAAAGCUGUGUGCAGGGCACCUGUGACUACGUUCCACUGGUUGGAGUCAAAACUAGAGUAAAGUUCAGGGCUGCAACUGACAUGACAUGACUCGAUAUGGGAAGUGAUUGAGCCUAUCGGACCUGACAUUAGGUUUUAAUGGUUAUGAAGGUGAUGUAAUAUUGAUGAAUAUGUUAUAAUUAGAGAGCUGGCUUCCCACUGAACAGAAUAAGGGUUUUAUGUACUUUCCCAUCCAGCAGUUAAUGUGGGGAUCUCUGCCAGUAAUACUUGACAUGAAGCAUAUCCUUUAGAAGAUGUUAUAUUGCCUUAUGUUCUACGUCAUCAUACAAUCAAAUAUAAACAUAAAAGCUUAAUGAAACUGUAAAAUGAGGCAAUAAGAGUGAAAAGCCAUGUACCCAUUACAACUGCUGUAUCACUGAGGCUGGUUUCAUAUUGCUUUAGCAUACAGUUUCUCAUAACAGUCUACAAAAAUGGUAUGAACACCUACUAUGUACCUGCAAAAGGUCAACAGACUUGGAUUUAUUGGACCCUGCAUUCAACACAUAUUCAGCUGGUGGAGAUUACUCAAUGAAUAUUUAUAUAUAUGAAUAUUUAUAAGGCUAUAUGACACUUUGGAAGACAAUGCUUCCUGUUGGGUGCUGUUACUAGUUUUUCCUAUAAACUGCUCAUUAUGCCAUUUCCCUAGUGUCUGUGUCUAACCUUUUUAGCAGAUUGAAUAAUUUAACAUUUACCUUCUAAAUCCAGUGAGGCUAAAAGAUGCCACUACGCAUCCCAGGACGCCACUGUUUGUAUGUGCCACAUAACAAUGCCCUGACUAUGGCAUACAUUGCAAACCAGAUGACCAUCAUGAUCAUUUUUGUUCCGGCAGUGUCCGCGGUUGGUUAGUACAUAACGUCUUGUACAUCCACCUGAGCUGCCUUUGAGCUAACAAUAACAUCUGAAGCUAAAUGUCAUACGUCUGGUGUCCCUGAUCGCCACACUGUGUGCCCUCUUUGACUGCCCCUCACCGCUCUGAGAAAAUUGAAAAAGGUGUUGACGAGGCCUGUGCUUUUCUAAUGGUUUGUUUGAGCAAUCACUCAUGUCUUUCACCCAGCCCGUGUUUUUAUGUCGAGUGAAAUGAGGGAGGGGAAGCAGAAUGAUCACAGGAACUAGAAUGCCAAGCACCUCUUCUUCAUUUGCUCCAACUUUAAGCUGCAAGUUUACAUGAGAAAAGUAAAACAAAGUAUCGUGGUUCAAAAACAACAGAGCAGAAGUUUGAAUAUAAAUAUAUAUAUAUAAAUAUAUACAUAAACCGAUGAAUAUACUGUAAAUUGUUUCUUUUUUUGCUCUGUUUUCCUCUGUACAUAGGUUUGCAUAUUUUAUAGGACUUUUACUUCUAUCUACAAGGACUGGAUAAAGUACUUUAAAUACUUAAAAAAAAUAUAUGAAUGAAAACAUGAUAAUGCUCAAUAAAACCAGGUACAAAAAAAAUAGUCGCUAGGAUACGGUACAAACUGUAGGACCUGACCAAGGCAUUUAUCCAGAAUACAGUCAGGGAGAGCAUUGACCUCAGUUAGAGCUUAGACACACAUUGACUUAUUUUAUAAAAAAAAAAAAUACUUUGAUGGGUUCUAUUCACUUAUCUAUUUGUUUAGAUAUUUAUUUAUAAGUCAUGUCUGAGAUAAUAUGCAUGCUUUCAUGGCAUUAUUUUUCUAUGAGUUGGUACGUGACCAAAUAGUUUUUAUAUGACAUGCAUGGGCCACUGUUGUGGUCCACAGAUGAUCAUUGUUCCUGUCUGCAGGACCAUGCCUUCAGCACUUCUUUGAUGAUGGGGGGAAAUGCUCCUAUUGACCAAGUGAUGUCAAAGACAGAUUUUUAACCAUUUAUUUAUGUCUUUAUUUAUUUAUUUGUGUUUAUGUAUUUAUUUAUUUGUGCUGUUUGAUUCAAGAUCCGAGCUCUCUUAUUGCCAUUGAUCUGUUUGCUUGUAAGUGCUACUUUGUAUCACUACAUCACACAAUACCACUUUCAGUAUUGGCAAACUCUGAAUUUCACACCUUCAAAGACUGAUUUUACAUUUUCCUGUUGCUGAUAAACUAUUCAAAACAAUGCAGUACAAUACUAAAGCCUUAUGUACAUUUGUAAUUAUUAAUUCAUAUUGUUCUGUUCCAAAAAGUUAGCUUUGUUAAUGGAUUGUAAAAAGGAAAAAAAAAGAUGCCAAUUGGAGGAUUCCUCUGCCAUUUCAAGUACCAUUUGCUUCUGUUGUGAAACCUUUAAACAGAGUGAAAAAGGGCCAAUUCCAAGUUAAAACACUCCCUCAUAAACCAACUGUUCAACCAGAUAUGUAAUCUUGACAGAAGAUAUGCCUUGAGGUCACUAUAAGUUGCUGCUAAUGUGUAAGGAGCUAAUAUCUGACAAAUUGCUAAUCACUGAUUAACUGCCUGCAUAAAAUGCCAGUUUUGAUUUUUAAAACUUUAUUCCCCUCCUCCUGUUUUUUUCCAUCUUGCUGUUUUGUUUGACAGAGCUCUGAUCUUGUUCAACUGAUGUGUUCUACCAAGAGCAAAAUUCAACGAAAACUGCACUAUCUCAUCAAAAACUAUUGAGUUACUAUCAUCCUUUUCAGUGCUGUUAUCAGUGGUUUUAUUUCUAAAGCUCAGUAGUAUUACUAGAAUCACAUUUUCCUUCAUAUGGUUUUCAAAGUAUUCUGGAAAUCUAUUUCCCAAUUUCAGCACAUACGGAGGGUGGGGAAAUGAAUGUUGCAUAUUAAGCUUUGCCGAGUUCCUGAUGAGCUAAGCUUCUGAUUGGGCAGUGCGCUUUAGGCUCCCCUGUCUCUCCAGACUGCACCAUUCUCUGGUCCCCUGAACUCUUUUUUUGUAAUUUUAAAUGAAUGAUGCGUCUCAGCUUAGCCCAAUAAUAAAGCACAGUCUAGAAUAAA